AUGGAGGGUAAAUAUAGUCUAGGCCGGAAGCAUAGUGGUAUAUGGAAUUCCUUGACAGAUGGGGAUUUUGAGGAAGAAGAAAUCUGGGAUGUUCUCAAGAACAGAAGUGAUUAUGGUUCUUCUGGGGUUCGCAAGUUCAAAGAGAAGGAUCAGUCCUCUUCUGUUCCUGUCCCUGCUAGGCCUAGUGCAACCAGAAUGAUCCCAAGAUCUAGCAAUAGCAGUAACAAUACCAGUGCUAGUUCCUCCAAUGAAGCCAAGGUUCUUCAGCAAUCAGCACCUGUCAAAAUUCCUGACUGGUCAAAGAUUUAUGUGAGUAACCCCCCCAAGAAUAGUGCUUCAAGGUUUGAUACUGAUUAUAAUGGAGAAGAUGAUGGUGAUGGUGUUGCCAACUAUGGUGUGGACAGUGAUGAGGAUGAAGAGGAAAACGAUGAGUCUGAUUCAAAGCUUCCUCCACAUGAGUUUAUUGCCAGAAGGCUUGCAAGGAGUCAGAUAUCCUCAUUUUCUGUUCUAGAAGGUGCUGGGAGAACCCUCAAAGGUAGGGAUCUUAGCAAAGUGAGGAAUGCGGUACUCUCAAAAACUGGUUUCCUUGAAUCACUAUAA